AUGCGGCGUACGACACUCGGUCCCGCGUCGUCGUCGCAGCUUAAUGCACGUCCAUCAGCUCUACGGCAUCCGUCUACACGGGUGUCUGUUCCUAGUAAGAGUAUUAAUAAGAGUAUAGAUCGUCAAUCGUUUGGGGCUGUCCCUCAUCGUCGGGUCUCCACAGCCGUCUCUGGUCACACUAUGCGACGACCCCCUACAGGCCCACGGGUAUCUAUUAACUCACGCAAAUCCGCAGGUAGCUCCACAACUACUCGUCGAAGUAGUUCGUAUAGAGCACGGGCGUCGAUGUCUAGCCGCGGUGGUGCACGCGUCUUAGACCCUCGGCCCGUCACCGACCGCUCGUACCUGAAUAAUUGUGUCCGCAUGCUGGUUGAGUUUCUAAACGAUCGUAUGUACGAUCAGAUACUUACUCCAGGGCUGUUAAAGCGUGGUCCAUCGAAGAAAGAUUUCUGUAAUAUGAUUCUAUUCCUGUUUAAACAGGUGGACCCGACUUUUGAAUUUGGUGCCAAGUUUGAAGAGGACGUCGUGCUACAGUUUCGGAAUUUACGGUAUCCUUUUCCGAUUAGCAAGACGUCGCUAGCAGCAGUGGGCACGCCUCACACGUGGCCUACACUGCUGCUGUCUAUUUCGUGGCUGAUUGAAUUGCUCACUUAUGAUGAGACUAUGCAGGAGGCUAACGAGACAGAGCUGAAUGAUGCGACCGACGAGGAAAACGGAAACAAACAGUUUUUUAGGUAUUUGGAUGCUUCGUAUCGCGUCUUUUUAGCCGGUGAAGAUGACAAAUUUGCAGCGUUAGAGAAACAGGAGAAGGAGAAAUUGAUCAAGCGAAAUGAGACGGUCAAGCAGGAGACGAGUCAGUUGGAAGUGCAGCGCGAAGAGCUUCGAAAACGAAUUGACCAGGCCAAAGCAGAUAAGAAUGCCCUUUCGGAGCUUAAACAAAAGAAAGCUGAUUGUCAGAGCGAUCUUGUUAAAUUCAAGGAGUUAGUUGGCCGAUAUGAGACACUUAAUGCCAAACUUGACAAGAAGGUGGAGGCUCUUGCUGAAGUUCAACAAUCAUUGGAGAACGAUCUCCGUGCCCGUCAGGAAGAAAUUCAGAAGCUACACACUCGUAUCGAGAAUCAGGAACUGUCUGCACACGACAUCGAGCAAAUAGCUCUAGAAAGGGCGCGACUGACGGAUCAGCUUCAUCAUAAUCUUGCUCGUCAAGAUGAGCUUCAAACACAAAUCAAAAAUGAUGAAAACCGUGCCGCUAAUAUUCGGGACAGUCUCGACAAUCAGAUCCACGAGUACAGGAACACUUGCAAACGGCUGAAGAUCAUUCCUGCAACCGCAAAACACGCUCACAAUUUUGAUUACACGCUCGAAUUGGAUCCCGAGCUUGAAGAACUUGAAGCAGUAUUGAGGUUAUCGCACCAUUUGAAGACAAAAGUUCGGCAAGCAGCAUCAAAACUCAAGCAAAACCGUAACGCGCGCGCCAACGAGCGUCUGGACUUAGCACUUGUGCUCACUGAAGAAUUGGAGCAAAGUGAGAAUCAGCUGAGCAUCGAGAAACAAACUGAGAAGAGAUGGGAAUCCAAGGUGAAAAAGUUUGCCGACCAGAUGACCAGAGAGCGUGAAAAACGAGCCGAGAGUCUUAGUCGAAAGCAAGCGGCGAUUGAAGAAGUUGAGAUCAAGAUCACGAAUAUCUCAAAUGAAGACAGCUUAGUCGAGGAAGAGGCGAUUAGCUCGCAGCAGCAUUUGUUGGAUGUCAAAAAGGCAUCGGUGGAAAUGACGGAAAGCUAUCAAGCGUUGCUUGACAAGAAUCGGCAUGCGAUUACGAACGUUCUUAUGGCAUGUACGAACCACAAGGACAUGGUCGAUCGUGCCAUUUCGUCCUUGGAAUUUGAGCUUAGUAAGGUAGAGUUUUGA